AAUGACUUCAACACAAAAGGACCAACAUGGAGCAAGAAGUCAGCACUCUCAGGAGGCCGACAAACCUCACAGAAGAAAGGGAGAGAAAACCUACAGCUGUGAUGAGUGUGGGAAGGAUUUUACCCAGUCUGGAAAUUUAAAAAAACACCAACUCACCCACAGUGGAGUUAAAGCGUACAGCUGUGAUUUGUGUGGAAAGUCUUUUACCCAGUCUGGAAGUUUAAAAACUCACCAACUCAUCCACAGUGGAGUUAAAGCGUACAGGUGUGAUUUGUGUGGAAAGUCUUUUACCGAGGCUGGAACUUUAAAAACUCACCAACUCAUCCACAGUGGAGUUAAAGCGUACAGCUGUGAUGAGUGUGGGAAGAAUUUUACCAGGGCUGGAGGCUUAAAAAGACACCAACUCAUCCACAGUGGAGUUAAAGCGUACAGCUGUGACUUGUGUGGAAAGUCUUUUACCUUGGCUCAAAGCCUAAAAACACACCAGCUCAUCCACAGUGGAGUUAAGUCAUACAGCUGUGACUUGUGUGGAAAGUCUUUUACCCUGGCUCAAAGCCUAAAAUCACACAAACUCAUCCACAGUGGAGUUAAAGCUUACAGCUGUGACUUGUGUGGAAAGUCUUUUACCGAGGCUGGAUGCUUAAAAAAACACCAACUCAUCCACAGUGGAGUUAAACCUUACAGCUGUGACUUGUGUGGAAAGUCUUUUACCCAGGCUGGAAGCUUAAAAAUACACCAACUCAUCCACAGUGGAGUUAAAGCACACACCUGUGACUUGUGUGGAAAGUCUUUUACCCGGGCUGGAGAAUUAAAAACACACAGACUCAUCCACAGUGAAUUUAAAGCGUACAACUGUGACUUGUGUGGAAAGUCUUUUACCCUGGCUCAAAACUUUAAAACACACCAACUCAUCCACAGUGGAGUUAAACCAUACACCUGCAACUUAUGUGGAAAGUCUUUUACCCAUCGUAAAUGCUUAAAAUUACACCAUAUCAUCCACAGUGGAGUUAAAGCACACAGCUGUGAGUUGUGUGGCAAGACGUUUGCUCAAAAUAGUGACUUACAGAGGCAUCUAGUUACCCACUCUGGAAUUAAGGCGUACAGCUGCGACUUUUGUGGAAAAAGUUUCAGCGACAAACAGUACCGAAAUAUUCACCUACGGUUUCACACUGGAAAUGAUGUUUCCCGCUGUGAUCAGUGCGGGAAACUGUUUGCAACAGAUGCACAGUUACAACAACACAUGUUUAUCCACACUGAGGAGAGACCUUAUAAAUGUGACAUGUGUGAGAAGACUUUUAAAUCUCCACAUCACCUGAAAAAACACCAAAAGAUCCACACCAGAAAGUAACUCUACAAGUGCAGUUACUGUGAGAUAUGUAUAUAUUUUUUAUCUUGUAAUUGUAACCUGAUUGUUUGGAACAAGUCUGAUCAGUAAACUUAUGGAGUUAUACUGAGUGUUAUAAUGUAAACAGUAAAAUGUAAUUGGACGUUGGCAGAGAUGCUCUUUGUUUCAGGCGACAUUCAGGAUAAAAAUAUUGAAGGAAUUUCCUGACUUACUCUGUCUUUGUUUAGAAUCAGAGCAACACAGAUUGAUCCAGUUCUCAACCCUGUCGUCACUGUGGUGGUGGGAAAGCUUCUUUGUGACCUUUGUAGAAAAACUUCCAAUCAUCAACGGGACCUAAAACCACAUCAACGUAGACACACUGAAGACAAAAUGAAUGACUGCAAAGAAUGUGGGAGAGGCUUCCACACACCAAGUACAUUAAAAUACAUGAACUAUUCCACAGUGGGGUCAAAAAGCACAUCUGUGACCAGUGUGGGUCAUCCUUCACCACUGGACAUUAGCUCAAUGAAAAAGCAUAAGGGAAUCCACACAGGACAGACACCAUACAAGUGCAGACAUUGACAAAUUUUUUUGCCCUAGACUGAAGUUCAUUGUCACUUUGCAGUUUCCACGUCCACUUCAUGAGGUAAAGAAAAAGCAUCCUUACAUCUCAGUACAGGGGUGACCACCUCCAGGCCUCAAGAGUAGGGAUGGGUACCGGUAUCCGGUACCACAUAAACGGUAGUAACCAGACCAAAAGCAGCAUACAUUUUGGUGCUUUUUUUCCUGAGA